CAGCUGGUGAGCAAACAGUUGCUUUCAGCUCUCCGACGCAGAACGUGAGCUCUAAUCCUACAGAGCGAAUACUCCACACCACUCAUGCUUUCACCACCCGAAUGCUGAGAGAACCUGCCGCCUUUUAGGCACCAACUCACAUUCGGAUCGGCUACGUUUUUUCCCCCCUUCUCUCUUUUUAAUGCGCCAUGAAAGCGCGUCGGAGGAGUUGUGGAGCGAGGCUGGUGGCGUGGACGUGGGUUUGGAGUGUGGCGUGGUGCAUCCCCGCAAAUGAAGUUAACUUGCUGGAUUCUCGCUCUGUGAUGGGAGACCUUGGAUGGGUGUCAUACCCAAAAAAUGGGUGGGAGGAAAUCGGGGAAGUAGAUGAAGAUUACGCACCAAUCCACACCUACCAAGUGUGUCGUGUCAUGGAGCAAAACCAGAACAACUGGCUUCACACCAACUGGAUACUGACUGAGGGAGCCCAGCGGGUGUACAUCGAGCUUAAAUUCACCCUGAGAGACUGCAACAGCCUCCCUGGUGGCGUCGGAACUUGCAAGGAGACGUUUAAUAUGUAUUACUAUGAAACGGAUGGGAGUGAAUUGGAGGAUGGAGAGAUGGGGGACGGGGAUGGGAUAACAGAAGAGGAAGACAGGGCGCUGAAGGAGAGCCAGUACAUCAAAAUUGACACCAUAGCAGCUGAUGAGAGCUUCACCGAGCUUGACCUUGGGGAUAGGGUUAUGAAGCUCAACACCGAAGUCCGCGAUUUAGGCCCUUUGACUCGGAAGGGCUUCUUCCUGGCCUUUCAGGAUUUGGGAGCCUGCAUUGCUCUUGUUUCCGUGCGAGUUUUCUACAAACGCUGCCCAUUUCUCGUGAAGAGCCUGGCCGAGUUCUCCGAUACCAUCCCGGGAUCGGAGGCGUCACAACUGGUGGAGGUUGUCGGUCGCUGCAUCAACAACUCUCUGCCUUUAUAUGAGCCUCCCAGAAUGCAUUGCAGCACGGAGGGAGAAUGGCUGGUUCCCAUUGGGAAGUGUGUGUGCCAGCCAGGAUUUGAAGAAAUCCUUGGAUCCUGUCAAGCUUGCAAAGUGGGGUUUUACCGCUCGCUGCUGGAGUCUCAGCUCUGCAGUAAAUGUCCACCCCACAGUGUGGCCCGGCAUACAGGAGCAACUAUAUGCAGCUGUGAAGAAGGAUAUCACAAGAUUGACUCUGAUCCUCCCAAUAUGGCCUGCACACGGCCACCGUCUGCUCCGCGCAAUGCCAUCUCCAAUGUCAAUGAGACCAGCGUCUUCCUUGAGUGGUCUGUUCCCAUGGAGUCUGGUGGAAGGAAGGACAUCCGCUACAAUGUCCUAUGCAGACAAGUCUUGCCGGAUGGAAGGGGCUUGGAGGAAUGCGGUCCCAACGUUCGCUUUCUGCCACGUCAAGCCGGCUUGUCCAACACUUCGGUGAUGGUGGCCGACCUGCAGUCACACACGAACUACAGUUUUCUGUUGGAGGCCGUCAAUGGCGUGUCAGAGCUGGCCAAAGAUCACAUGAAGCAGUAUGUGUCACUAAAUGUGACCACCAAUCAAGCUGCACCUUCCCCAGUGAGUGUCGUGAGAAAAGGUCAUGCUGGCAAGAGCAGCAUCACACUUUCCUGGGCAGAACCAGACCGACCUAAUGGUAUCAUCCUGGAAUACGAGAUCAAGUACUUUGAGAAGGAGCAGGACUCUAGCUACACUAUCAUAAAAUCCAGGGAGACAGAGAUGGUGGUGGAGAGCCUGAAACCCUCUUCAGCCUACAUCUUCCAGGUGCGAGCCAGGACAUCUGCAGGCUAUGGCGCUUUUAGCCGCCGUUUUGAAUUCCAGACAAGCCCUUACUUAACAGCUACCAGUGAACGGGCCCAAGCUUCAAUAGUAGCAGUGGCCAUCACUUUGGCGCUCGUCCUCCUGGCUGUGGUGGCUGGAUUUCUACUCAGUGGACGGAGGUGUGGCUACAGCAAAGCAAAGCAAGAUCCUGAAGAGGAAAAAAUGCAUUUCCAUAAUGGUCACAUAAAGUUCCCUGGAGUGCGUACCUACAUUGACCCCCUCACUUACGAAGACCCUAAUCAGGCUGUGCAUGAAUUUGCCCAAGAAAUUGAUGUCUCAUUCAUCUCUAUUGAAAGGAUCAUUGGAGCUGGGGAGUUUGGUGAGGUGUGCAGUGGACCACUAAGGUUACCGGGGAAGAGGGAGAUGCAGGUCGCCAUCAAGACGUUGAAAGCAGGAUAUACGGAGCAUCAGAGACGUGAUUUCCUGUGGGAGGCGUCAAUUAUGGGUCAAUUUAAUCAUCCCAACAUCAUUCGACUGGAGGGUGUGGUCACCAAAAGCAAACCAGUGAUGAUCAUCACUGAAUACAUGGAGAAUGGGUCAUUGGAUACAUUCCUUAAGAAAAAUGAUGGUCAAUUCACUGUUAUCCAGCUAGUUGGUAUGCUGCGCGGCAUUGCAUCUGGCAUGAGGUACUUGUCUGACAUGGGCUACGUCCACCGCGAUUUGGCAGCUCGCAACAUCCUGGUCAAUAGUAACCUUGUGUGCAAAGUGUCUGAUUUUGGGCUGUCUCGAGUUUUGGAGGACGACCCUGAGGCGGCUUACACAACACGGGGUGGAAAGAUUCCUAUUCGCUGGACAGCUCCCGAGGCGAUCGCAUACAGAAAGUUCACCUCAGCAAGCGACGUGUGGAGUUACGGCAUAGUCAUGUGGGAAGUGAUGUCAUACGGAGAGCGGCCCUACUGGGAGAUGUCCAAUCAAGAUGUCAUAAAGGCGGUUGAAGAGAGCUAUAGGUUACCCGGUCCAAUGGAUUGCCCUGAGGCUCUUUACCACCUCAUGAUGGACUGCUGGCAGCGAGAACGCAGCAACCGACCCAAAUUUGAUGAGAUCGUAUGUCUACUAGACAAACUCAUCCGUAACCCCUGCUCGCUGAAAAAUCUAGUCAACUCUUCACACAGGGUCUCCAACCUGUUAGUGGAGCAUGCCAGUGUAGACGUGGACUGCAACAUUUGGAGUAGAACAGUCGGUGAGUGGCUGGAUUCUAUCAAGAUGGGCCGUUAUACGGAACUCUUCAUGGAAGGAGGAUAUUCGUCACUGGACACAGUCGCUCAGAUGACAUCAGAGGACUUGCGGAGAGUUGGGGUGAACCUUGCUGGCCAUCAGAAGAAAAUCAUCACUAGUAUUCAGGAAAUGAGAGUCCUUAUGAACAACUCCAACACCAGUGUCAACAUCUGAUGCACACUGUAUGUGCAGAGAUGCACAGUCAUGCACAACAUAUGUGGACCUAAUAUGAAGAAGACUGCAGUUGGACCUAGAGCGGCUUGGCACUUUCUGUUGAUAUGGAACACAAUUUCUAUGGACCAGUGAAUGGAUUUUUUGUGGUGUCACGAACAAAACUAAAGGGAACUCAGUGGUUUUACAAAAAAACCAACUUGGUGGGUCUAACCAACAUUUAGAUGAAGUGAAGGCUUUACAUAUGGAUGAUUCCAUUUUGAGUGAAUCUUUGGGAAUUCCUCACAUCCCAGCACUGCUCGGACUCACAUUCGAACCUGAAUAUAGGGUUUGAGAGCAACCAGCACUUUUUGGCUAUAUCACAAAUGUCUUUUUCCUCUUUCAGUCAGUCUCAGGUUUUCUGAGUCCAGAGGAUCUGUAAACUUCGCUCAUUAUCCGGAACCUCUCUGGAUUGAGCUCGCUUCUCCAAUGGGGUAUCAGUGCCCCAACAGUUGCCAUGUUGAUGUGCUUUGUUUUUUAAUCGGCUAUCAGAAUCUGGCAGUCAAAUUCAUUUAAGAGCCAUAGUUACAUUCAACCACAUUUCCAUCAGGACAUAAUAAUGAAUGGCAAGCAUGUAUACAGACUGAAACCUGAAAUGCAAUGUUAAUGCAACUCCAAUAGAGUAUGGACUUGUUUCUAUAUUCUGGAUGAAUGUAAAGCUCUUCAGACACACAGCUGAAUUGCUGCAUUAUAUCCCGGUAAGUAAAGAAGACUUAAGAUGGAAAAUUGCUCUUACACUUCUAAAGUUUGCUCGCAGAUUGCAUGAACAUUUCAGCUCGCUUUAUGUUUUCUUGGGACCAAAAAAAAGGAAUCAGACUGAUCACCUGGUGUAACGUGUUUGAAAGAAAACUGUCAACACCCACUAUAACAUACCCACUUCAAGGUUUGGAUUCUUCCUUCUAAUAUGUCCAAUGGAUAGCCACAUCGAUGGCAAAGUGAAUAUGUCACAACAUUCUCCAAUAUUAUUCCGAAAGAUGUCAAGACCUUGUAAUGUGAUGAAGCUUGAUUAAUCACUUGUUCAUGCAUCAACAGAACCUCCAUUAAAUUGCUCAUGGAAAGGAUCGCCCACAUUUGAGGACAAGCUUGACCUUCAAAUGGAUCCUUCUCUCAAAUUCAAAUUGUAUCAACCAAGAUUCCAAUGGAGCCUUCACAUCCACCUUCAGGUACUACAGAAACCCUUCAGCAAUUUCUUCUGUGGCAGAAUCCUUUUCCACAGCAUGUCUGCCCCACCACAGUGCACCUCAUUCAAACUGAACCACUGGCAAACGAAGGCAAUAUUGAAUAAAUCGAUAAUCACUUAUUUAUUAUUUUGUUGUAUUUAUAGAAAAUGCAAAAAAUGUUCGUGUUUGCGAUUCAUCUGUGAAGCUUUGCCUACAUGUAUUUCAUGUAUAUAAUGUAUAUAUUUAAAGCAGGGAGCAUUGUUCUUCUGUCUGCCAUUAUAUGGCAAAGUUGGUUCUGAUCAAACAUCUCAGAGUAGAAUAUAGUGCUUAAUAAUGACAUUUUGAAAUUGGCAUUCUUUAUAAAGUUAGACUUGGACCAUCAGAAAUUAGGGACGCUGGCACACUUGGCGCUAUAACGUGAUUUGCAGACAGAUAUACUGUAAUGUUUUGCAAGUUGGAUGUCAAUAUACAUUUUGAAUCAAAAUCUAGUGAUAUCUCCAGAACCAUAAGUACAGAAUUGGUAAAUAUGUUUCCUACAUUUAAUAACUACAAGCUAAAAGAAAUGUGUAGAUAAUUUGCCAUAAGAACAGCUUGUGUAAUGAGGUUUAAAGUUGAUGAUGUCAAUACUCAUAUAUUCAUCUUUGUCAAUGACUACCAUUUGUUUCGUGCUUGUUAUGAAGGGGUAUUAAGGCCACACUGAUGACAUUUUUUUUGUUAAUCUUGUUAUUAGAAAAUAAUUUAAUGAAAUACCAAAUUUCAUCAUUUUAACACAGUGUAUUUAAGAACAUUAGAUUGUUGUAACAUCACAAAUUUUAUUUGCAGUGUUAAAAUACAGUUAACUUACUGUUGUAAAACUACUAAUUUCUAAUGAAGUAACAGCUUCAUUGUCAAAACACUUUUUGCCAUUACAGUAUGUCAAAAUAUAAUUUCCUAUUUGUGUCUCAGCCGCUCUCUUUCUGUUUUUUCCCUGGCCGUAACACUCCUUCAUAGCUUGUACUGUAGUGUACAGGAAGUGGGACUGAAAUGAGAUUGUAAAAGUAGUUUUAUAGGUGAUGCUAUAGAGGGGACAUUCAAUGGACUGUUUGAAAAGCACACAAGAAGAAUGUAAGAUUUUAAAAGGCCGUUUUACAUCUGAAAGACCAUGUUUUGACUUUUAAAUAAGAGCUCGUGAAGUCAGAUCAAAUAUCUCUUUGGUGGUUGGAAGCAGUUAAAACUCAUUCAAAAUAUGACAGGGGGAUGGCCUGACUUUACACAUACAGUUUAAAUUCUAUAGAUAAAAUGAAGGGGAAUUAUGAAGGGCAAAAACAUCUGCCGAUCUACCUUUGCAUUUUUUUUUAUUAAUGUAACAGUAUUCUCUGUGGCAAAUUAUGUCACUCACCUACACCAACAUAUUUGUAACAGCAUAAUUAUGUUGGAUUAAAAACAAUUUUGCUGCCAUAAAUCAUAGACUUCACUAUCAGUUGAUGGGAAACGGGGCCGCUCCGUAGGAGCCUAUUUUCAAAAACUUAAAGUUCAAAUAUUUUCAAAACCAAAGCUCAUACAAGCCCUUAGGCAUGAAUGAGUCUCUAUGAACAGCGGCAUCAAUAAAUUCAAAGUCGUUCCCUAAUAAAAUUAGUUUAUGAUCUUAAUUUUAAAGGGGUGAGCAUAUUAGCUGAUCAAUUACAAUACAUUAAUAAAUUGUUUUAAAAUUUUCCUGUUCAUGAAAUAGGUGUCCCGGCAGAAUGUUGCUUACCAGAAUAGAGCCUCUCAUGCUGUGAUGAACACAGCAACCCCCCCAGGUAUGCAGCCCAAUAUAAUAGUGCACCCGAUUUCGAUUAACAACACAAAUAAUCCAUCAACUCCACACAACUGACCAAAUUGUCAACAUCCCAUUUGUUUGACAAUAUAUAAAGGCAGCAGAAGUAAUUAUGCUGGGUGCAUCGGGUUUACUGCCUUUUAAAUUAGUUUCAUUAAUCAAAGCAUAAUUUUUAGGUAGUUUGUCAGUUUUUUUUUUUUUUUUUAAUUACGCUUAAAUGUAAUGUUAUUGGCUUUGCAAUCACUAAGCUAAUUUAAACUUAAAUCCUAUGCCCAGGGCAUGAACAGUUU